AUGUUUGAUACACUGUUGAAGGAACGUGAACUGGGAGAAAUAAAUAAACAGCUUAGAAACAAGCUUGAGGCCGAAGAAGCAAACCAAUUUAGCAAAAUUGUUUUCACAUACAGGUAUCACCAAUUUGUUCCUCCUGAAGCAACCAUUCCGAGAACCGCCGGAGGGGAGAAUAACUUCAUGCUUGGCUGGGUUCUGUGA